AUCCUGCCAGGCGGACACCCGGGCGGGGGAGGGGGGAGAUGGGGCAUAUAGGUGGCGGCCGCUGGUGAGAAACACCUAGCGCAGGUAAAAGGGUGGCGGCGCAAGGGAGUUCCCACCUGUUGAGUUCUUAAAGAAAUGAAGACUUAAGAAAAUAGCAAGGAGGGGCCGAUCGGAGUCUUUGGACGCGCCUGGAGCCCCACCCUCGGUCAGAGGAAAAGCCCCUUGGGAGUGAGGCAGGCGCUUCAGAAAAACUAAGAAAAGCACCUCUCCGCGGGCUCAGCCGCUCCGCGUCGCACUCCAGCGCGGGCCCAGCCUGCACCCGCUUCGCCCCGCAGAGCUCUCCCACCCCGGCCUGUGGGUGCCUCGGCCGGCGACCUGCCCCAGCCUCUCCAUGGCGGCAGCUGGACCCACACUGUCCCGGAGCGGAGCCCUCUGUCGGCGGCUCCUGCUGACCCUCUCGAUCUUAGCAUUUGCCUGUGAUGCCUGCAAACAGGUGAUACUACAUGUUCCUUCUAAAUUAGAUGCUGAGAAAUUUGUUGGCAGAGUUAACCUGGAGGAGUGCUUUAAGUCUGCAAAUAUCAUUCACUCAAGUGAUCCUGAUUUCCAAAUUUUAAAAGAUGGCUCAGUCUAUACAACCAAUGCUAUUCUCCUGUCCUCGGAGACAAGAAGUUUUACUAUAUUACUUUUCAACACAGACAGCCAAGAGGAGAAGGAAAUAUCUGUCCUUCUAGAGGAAGAAACACAGGUACAAAAAAGACUUUCUAAAGAAAAACCUCUAAGACGUGCCAAGAGAAGAUGGGCUCCUAUUCCUUGUUCCAUGCUAGAGAAUUCCUUGGGUCCUUUCCCACUUUUUCUUCAACAGGUUCAGUCUGACGCAGCACAAAACUACACCAUAUACUAUUCCAUCCGAGGGCCUGGAGUUGACCAAGAACCUCUACAUUUAUUUUAUGUGGAGAGGGAUACUGGAAACCUGUAUUGUACUCGUCCGGUAGAUCGUGAGCAGUAUGAAUCAUUUGAGAUAACUGCCUUUGCAACAACUCCAGAUGGGUACACACCAGAAUAUCCAUUGCCCCUGCUAAUCAAAGUAGAGGAUGAAAAUGAUAAUGCUCCGAUUUUUACAGAAACAACAUACACUUUUACGGUUUUUGAAAACUGCAAAGUUGGUUCCACCGUGGGACAGGUGUGUGCAACUGACAAAGACGAGCCCGACACCAUGCACACACGCCUGAGAUACUCCAUCCUGGAGCAGCUGCCGUCCUCGCCCACACUCUUUUCUAUGCAUCCGGCUACAGGCGUGAUCACCACCGUGUCAUCUCAGCUGGACAGAGAGUUAAUUGACAAAUACCAGUUGAAAAUAAAAGUGCAAGACAUGGAUGGUCAAUAUUUUGGUUUGCACACAACUGCAACUUGUAUCAUUAAUAUUGGAGAUGUGAAUGACAACUUGCCAACAUUUUCUCCUACUUCUUAUGUGACAUCAGUGGAAGAAAACACAAUUGAUGUGGAGAUCUUACGUGUUACCAUUGAGGAUAAGGAUUUAAUUAAUACUCCUAAUUGGAGAGCUAAUUAUACCAUUUUAAAGGGCAAUGAAAAUGGAAAUUUUAAAAUUGUAACAGAUCCCAGAACCAAUGAAGGAGUUCUGUGUGUAGUUAAGCCACUGAAUUAUGAAGAAACCCAACAGGUGGCCCUGCAACUUGGUGUAGUUAAUGAAGCUCCAUAUUCUAGAGAGGCUAGCUCAAGAUCCGCCAUGAGUACAGCAACGGUUACUGUUAACGUGAAAAAUCAGGACGAGGGUCCUGAGUGCAGCCCUCUAGUCCAGACUGUUCGAAUCAAAGAAAAUGCACCAGCAGGGACAAGAAGCAGUGGAUACAAAGCAUAUGACCCAGAUACAAGAAGCAGCACUGGAAUAAGGUAUAGGAAAGUAAGUGAUCCAAAAGGGUGGGUCACCAUUGAUGAAGAUUCAGGUUCAAUCACAGUUUUCCGGAGCCUGGACAGAGAGGCAGAGGUCAUCUCAAAUGGUGUCUAUAACAUUACAGUCCUUGCAUCAGAUAAAAAUGGGAGAACUUGUACAGGGAUUCUGGGGAUUAUACUUGAAGACAUAAAUGAUAAUGGCCCAUAUAUACCUAAGCAGACAGUGGUAAUCUGCAAACCCACUAUGUCCUCUGCGGAGAUUGUUGCUGUUGAUCCUGAUGAACCCGUAAAUGGUCCACCGUUUGAUUUUAGUUUGGAGAGUUCUGAUUCAGAAGUACGGAAAAUAUGGAGACUGACGAAAAUUAAUGAUACAGCGGCACGUCUUUCUUAUCAGAACGAUCCUCCAUUUGGAUCAUACGCAGUACCUAUUCGAGUUUCAGAUAGAUUUGGCUUAUCUACAGUCACUUCACUGAAUGUUAUUUUAUGUAACUGCAUUACCGAAAAUGACUGCACAUUUCGCACAAGUGAAAGGACUGGCAACGGAGAAGUAAAACUCGGAACAUGGGCCAUCCUGGCAAUACUGUUGGGCAUAGCAUUGCUAUUUUGUAUACUAUUUACAUUAGUCUGUGGGAUUUCUAGGACAACCAAAGAACUGAAAGUACUGCCUGAUGAUUUAGCCCAGCAGAACCUCAUUGUGUCAAACACCGAAGCUCCUGGAGAUGACAAAGUGUAUUCCACAAAUGGUUUCACAACCCAGGCUGUGGGUGCUGCUGGUCAGGGAAUUUGUGGCACCUUGGGAUCAGGAGUCAGAAAUGGAGGGCAGGAGACCAUUGAAAUGGUGAAAGGACACCAGACCCUGGACUCCUGCCGGGGCACUGGGCAUCAUCACACGCUGGACUCCUGCAGGGGAGGACAUGUCGAGGUGGACAACUGCAGAUACACUUACUCGGAGUGGCAUAGUUUCACUCAGCCCCGACUUGGAGAAAAGGUACAUCAGUGUAAUCAGGAUGACAAUCACAAGCACGCUCAAGACUACGUCCUUACGUAUAACUAUGAAGGAAAAGGAUCGCUGGCUGGUUCUGUGGGCUGUUGUAGUGAACGACAAGAUGAAGAUGGGCUUGAAUUUUUGGAUCAUUUGGAGCCCAAAUUUAGGACACUAGCAGAAGCAUGCAUGAAGAGAUGAACAUGUUCUCAUAAGUCAACAAAAGCCAGGGGCUUUGUCACUGUUUUAUUUUAUUUUUCUCUUCCUUUCAAAAAUUACAAACGAGGAUCUUUCAAAAUAGAAGAUGUUAUGUUUGGAACUUUUCUUCGCUUAUUUUGCAGAAUCUCUUUGGCCAAGUGCAUAAUUAUCAAGAAACCAUGUAAGUCCACAAUUUUUUGGACUUUCAUGUAGUUUUUGAUUACAUGCUCCCAAGUGGAUUUACAGAUAGGAAACUUGCAUUAUUGUUUACAUUUGGGCAUAAUGACAACAACCAAGUCAUAAUGCAAUAAGAUUUAAUUAAUUCAAAUCUAUAUUUAUAGACCACUUAAAGUAUAACCUAAUCGAAGAUCAUAGAGAACAUUAUCUCCAGUUAACUACUUAGUUAUUUGUGUGGUGCUUGGAAACUGUUGUUUUCGUAAACAGUCUAAAUGUAUACACUGCAUUCUUGUGUUGCUUUAUUCUUGUAGCAGGACCUUUCUUCGUAAUGGGCAGGAAAAUUUCUAACCAGGUAUUGACUGUUAUUACAAUUCCAUUUUGGUGGAGUUCACUUUUAGAUUUUUAUAGAAUCUUGUACGGAGUUCAUAAUUUCUCUGUACUUUGUUAGUGAAUUUUUUUUCAAAAGUGCUUUUAGAAUGUAUUUUUGCUCUUGCAAUUUGUUUUUGUCUCUGAAAUGCCAAAUGGUCUCACUCUCUUUCAUUCUGUUCCUUUUUCUCUCCCCCAUCCCCCACUUGUCUGUCUUCGAUCCUUUUUAGAAACUUCUACUUGGGUUAGAAAAUUCAAAUAUUUUUCAAAGUUGUCUCUCUUUUCCUCUUGUAAAAGGUGGAUUUUGUUUUGCUUUAUGUAAGCAUAUGUAUUCUUUUUUUUUUCUUAAAAAUCAAUGUUUGUUAAUUUUAUUGUUUUGAAUAUCUUGGUGAUUGCUUCAUUACCUCCUCAACUAAGAAUUUUACCAUUGAAACUAUAGAACUAUGUCAUGAUUUUUUAGAGGCACCAUUCUAUGUUAACAAAAGAAAUGGUGUAAUUAGAAUUGGGAUGUGGAUAUUUAGUGUGUGAUUGCACAGUUACAGUUCAUAUCUUUAAAGCCAGGAUAUAGUUUAUAAAUGCCAAAUAGUGUUGGUUGUUUGAAAUAAGCUUCAGAAUACAGGGAUCUUGAAAGUUCUCUAGGAUGACAGUUUUAUCACUUUUUAGAUAAGAUGGUUAGUCCUGUCUGUAAAGUUGUUCUUUUAAUAUUUCAGUUUCAGUUUUUAGCAAAUAUACAAAUGGGCCAAACCACUUAAACUUUAAAACAAUAAGAUAAAAUUAAACUAUAGCCAACCAAAUUUCAGAUUUAUGGCUUAUUUCAAUAAAUUCUCUGUGUGCAACUAUAUGGACAUUCUAAAUAUAUUUCUAACAUUUAAGAUUGUUAAUAAUGUGCUUGUCUUGAAUGUAUAAGGUUGGCUUAUAACAAUUAUUUUUUCAAAAUUAGCAUUGGAUAGUUAUUCAGUAACCAUCUAUCUUUUCAAUAGUUUCAUUACUGCUCAGUCAAAAAUAUGAUUUCCCAGAAAUGUUUUUAAUAAAUUAUGUAUAAAAAUCUUGUGUAUUAC